AUGGCGGAGACACCUAUCAAAUAUAUUUUGACCAUUACGGAUGAAUCAGAGCAAUUUGCUAUUGUUGAGUCGGAAGAAGGGGAAGAUGCAGAGCCGUUCUUGCCGAUGGAGUGUCAUAGCAGCAAAAUUAUUAUCUAUAGCUAUAAGGAAUUAAUGGCAGUCUGGCAGAUUACUAUUUAUCUUGUACUACAUAAUAUUCGAUAUUUUAUUGAUUGGACGACAAAAAACGAAAUUAUUGCAUUCUUUUCCCCAAAUCGUUUUUACAUUGUAUUGCUUUUACAAGAACAAUUUUCGGUAUAA